AGAUGGAAGUGAUCUCAAUUUGCUCCAAAUAAGCCUUUGAGGGGGUUUCAGACAAAUCAAUAUUUAAGAUAAUUUUCUCUUGUCUUGUUUAGACGUUGUCAUCUCCUUUAGCUUAGUGGCUCAUCUGCUUUUGUUUUUUUCUCUUAUAUAAUAAGACAACCUCUGCAUUCAGCAACCCUCACACUUACACAAAUAUCUCCGGCGACGGUGACGGCGGAGACAGCAAACGCAGAGAGAGAGAGGAGCCAUGGAGCAAAAGAGUUUCUUUCGCUUUCUUCUUCUCUUCGUCACGGCGGCUUUUGUGUUCGUCUUCACGACUACAAACUUCUCCCACGAGCCGCCGUCAACGGCGGCUCUUUUUGACUGCUCGGACGCGUCCUCCUCCUCGCCGAUUUGCGCAUCAAGAAACUUCCUUUUCAAGAAACAACAACAUCGACCCAAUACAAAGAACGGCCCUACAACAAACCCCACGCGCCGCCGUGACCACGUCUCUGAUGUCCCCAGGCACCCACUCGACCCGCUCACCGUCGGAGAGAUAAACAGAGUCAAGUCUCUCCUCUCCACCCACGCGCUUUUCUCCUCACGUGCACCGCACGCGCUCCACUCGGUCGUGCUGGAGGAGCCCGACAAGAACCUCGUCAAGAAGUGGGAGAAGGGGGACCCACUCCCGCCGAGGAAGGCCUCCGUCAUCGCACGUGUGGGCGUUGAUUAUCACGUGUUGAUCGUUGACCUAUCAUCGGGUCGGGUCGAGGAGGUGGAGGGUCCGGGUCGCGGGUCGGGUUUCCCGACCAUGACCCUGGAGGAGAUGAACGACGCCACAUGGGCUCCCUUCUCCAGCGCGGAUUUCAACCGUACGAUCGUCUCUCGCGGCGUGGAUCUGUCGGACGUGGCUUGCCUGCCUUUAUCCAGUGGCUGGUUCGGUAAAAGCGAGGAAAACCGGAGGGUGAUGAAGGUACAGUGCUACUCGUCCCAAGGUACGGCCAAUUUCUACAUGAGACCCAUAGAAGGUUUGACCGUUCUUCUCGAUUUAGACACAAUGGAAGUGAUCGAGAUCUCGGACACGGGUCGGGUCAUACCCGUACCCGGAUCAACCAACACGGAUUACCGUUACGCAAGAGCCUCGAAUCCGGAAGAAACCCGGCUUCUAAACCCGAUAUCGAUAGAGCAGCCGCGUGGACCGAGCUUCGUGAUCGAGGAUGGCCAUCUCGUGAGAUGGGCAAACUGGGAAUUUCACCUAAAACCCGACCCGAGAGCCGGGGUGGUCAUAUCCAGGGCCAGGGUUCGUGAUCCAGAGACAAGGGAGCUACGUGAAGUGAUGUACAAAGGGUUCGUGUCGGAAUUGUUUGUGCCGUACAUGGACCCGACCGAUGCGUGGUACUUCAAGACGUACAUGGACGCGGGAGAGUAUGGGUUCGGGCUACAGGCCAUGCCGCUCGUGCCGCUGAAUGACUGUCCGAGGAACGCGGAGUACAUGGACGGAGUUUUCACGGCGGCGGACGGGACGCCUUACGUGAGGGAGAAUAUGGUCUGCGUUUUCGAGAGCUACGCCGGCGAUAUUGCUUGGCGCCACUCCGAGAGCCCCAUCACUGGCUUGCCGAUUAGAGAGGUGAGACCAAAGGUGACGUUAGUGGUAAGAAUGGCGGCGUCGGUGGCCAAUUAUGAUUACAUAAUUGAUUGGGAGUUCCAAACAGAUGGGCUUAUCAGAGCUAAGGUAGGGCUUAGUGGGAUCCUGAUGGUGAAAGGGACAGCGUACGAGAACAAGAACCAAGUGAAAGAACAAGAAGAGCUCCACGGCACGCUUCUGUCGGAAAAUGUCAUCGGAGUCAUCCACGACCACUUCGUCACCUUUCACCUCGACUUGGACGUGGACGGCUCCAACAACUCCUUUGUCAAGGUGAACCUCAAGAAAGAGGAGACAUCGCCUGGAGAAUCUCCGAGAAAGAGCUACUUGAAGGCAGUGAGGAAUGUGGCAAAGACGGAGAAAGACGGCCAGAUCAAGCUCAAACUGUACGACCCGUCGGAGUUUCACGUCAUAAACGCAGGGAAAACCACACGGGUCGGGAACCCGACAGGGUACAAGGUUGUCCCGAGUGGCACGGCAGCUAGUCUGCUUGACCAUGACGAUCCGCCACAGAAGAGAGGAGGCUUCACCAAUAACCAGAUUUGGGUCACUCCGUACAAUAAGUCCGAGCAAUGGGCUGGCGGUUUGUUCACUUACCAAAGCAAGGGUGAAGACACUCUCGCAGUUUGGUCCGACAGGGAUAGAGAUAUAGAGAACAAGGACAUAGUGGUGUGGUACACGCUAGGCUUCCAUCACAUACCAUGCCAAGAAGAUUUCCCCAUAAUGCCCACUGUUUCCUCGAGUUUCGAUUUGAAACCCGUGAAUUUCUUUGAGCGCAAUCCGAUCCUUCGUGUCGCUCCCAACUUCGAGCAGGACCUCCCUGUCUGUAGAUCUGAUGCUAUCCCUGGUUGAGAAAAGAUGGAGGAUGCAGAAACGAACGUAUCAUCCUAACAAAACAUGUGUCUCUCUAGUUCGUUGUCGUAAAAAACAUGGCAUUUACGUAAUUCGAAUCAGGAAAGCAAAAUAAGAGAAAGGGUGGUUGUACAUUUCAUAAACUAUGAUAUAUGAAUAGCUUCUAUCCAAGUAGUGGUUAUCUUAUACAUAUAUAUGAUCACUUCAUAACCUGUUACUACUUAGAAACAAGGGUAACAUUUUCAAAUCA